GGGGGGACAAACAUCAUUCUUUUUCCCUCCCCAAGCCCAAAGCCGCAAUUUCUCAGCAUCUAGAAUCCAUCCCCAGAACUACCCCCACCCCCACCCCCUUUCUGGUACAGACAUGGUACGCUCCCCAGUCUCGACCCUGAGCUGCAGUGGAUAUUGCUAGAACCCACGCCGAAGACUGAGCUGGCGGCUGCAGUGACCUGGGCGGCUUUCCCUGGCCUCAGGGACACGGCUCCCCUCGAGACUGCACCAUGACCCAGGGAAAGGUUUCAGUGGUUAACAAGGCCCCUGGAACGGAGGGGCAACAACAGGCAAAUGGAGAGAAGAAGGAGACUCCAUCAGCUCCCUUGGCCCCUCCUACUUAUGAGGAAGCUACCUCAGGGGAGGGGCUGAAGGCUGGGGCCUUCCCUCCACCAGCCCCAACUGUGCCCUUUCAUCCUAGCUGGGCUUACGUGGACCCAAACAGCAGCCCUGGCUAUGGAAGUGGUGGGUACUCUGGAGACCCUGAGAUCUUCACCACCUUCAGCUGGGAUGAUCCUAACGUGAGAAGGGUAUUUGUCAGGAAGGUCUAUUCCAUCCUAAUGAUCCAGCUGCUGAUGACUGUGAGUGUCGUGGCUCUCUUCACCUUCUGUGAACCAGUCAAGCUGUAUGUUCAGAGCAACCCGGCUUGGUAUUGGGCAUCCUAUGCUGUAUUCUUCAUGACUUAUCUAAUCCUGGCCUGCUGUUCUGGACCAAGGAGAUAUUUCCCUUGGAACCUGAUCCUCCUGAGCAUCUUUACCCUGUCUAUGGCCUACCUCACUGGGAUGUUGUCCAGUUACUACAAUACCAAGUCCGUGCUUCUGUGUCUGGGGAUCACUGCCCUGGUCUGCCUCUCCGUGACUCUGUUCAGCUUCCAGACCAAGUUUGACUUCACAUCCUGCCAAGGCGUCCUCUUUGUGCUUCUCAUGGUGAUGUUCUUCAGUGGGAUCCUUCUUGCCAUCGUCCUUCCCUUCCAAUAUGUACCCUGGCUUCAUGGGAUCUACGCUGUGCUGGGAGCCAUUGUGUUUACAAUGUUCCUUGCGUUCGACACACAACUGCUGAUGGGAAACCGACGCUAUUCCUUGAGCCCAGAGGAGUAUAUUUUUGGAGCACUCAACAUUUACCUGGACAUCGUCUACAUCUUCUCCUUCUUUCUGCAGCUUUUUGGCACCAACCGGGAUUGAAAGGCUUCCCUUUUUCCAACUCCAAGAAAUGCGACCUGUUUGUCCUCUUGUAACACCCAUCCCCUGCUCUUCCCCGGCCCCUAAGAUAUAGCACUAAACAUCAUCCUAGGCCUCGCGCCUCUGCCAAUUCCGCUUCUUUGGCAGCAUCCUUGGAGUUGUUUUCUGUAGGUUGUAUAUAUGUGAGGGAUUCUGGAAGCCUAAAGGACUGGAGUCACUAUAUUUCCUGCUUCCCUGCCCAUCAGGACUCUCUUUUCCAUUUCCACAUGUGAGAUUGUGAAUUCAGUGUACUCCUUAUCUCCCACCUUAGUUUUGGGGUACAAGAGUCCAAGGGAGAAAGCAGAUGAUGGUUGAGGAUCUUAGGUGUCAACAAAGGGACCCCAGGGUGAAAUGAUUCCUGAACCUCAGAAGAUUUGUGUGAUUUGGGAGAAAAUGUUUCCCUCUUUGUUACUCCCCUCAUUUCCCUAGGGUCAAAACUGAAGCAUUUUAUGGAAAGGGAUGAGCUGGCAUAGGAGGAUAACUUAGCCUCCAAGGGUCAAACCCUGGAGAUAACAGAAGCAGCUUGUGUAGUACUUGAAGUUGUAGUACCUGAGUUUCAGUCCUGUCUGCUGCAUAUACAUAUAUGACCUUGGACAAGUCCCUUACCCUCCCUAAGCCUCAGUUUCCCUAUCUAUAAAAUGAGGGGGUUGGAGAUGACUUGUGAGGUCCUUUCUAAGUCCAAAGCUACAAGCUUGUCUAUGAUAUUAUUAUACUUGGGGGAAGAGAAUGAGGGGUGCUGUUUAAAGAAUGGCAAUCCUUUAAAUGGCCCUUCAUUGGAUAUGGGGGGGGCGCUUCAGUUAGAUCUGCGAUUGCAUUUCCAACAUAUUGCAAAAGAUAUGCGUGUGAGGGGUUGGGCACUCUCAGGUAGCAAGGGCAGGGAGAAGUGAGUCCCUGCUAAGAGUCCUAUCUAAGGCUCUGCUCUGAGACCUCUAGUAGUGAGAUAGAAGGUAGAGGUGAAUCACGUAUCAGAAGGAGGUCACAACCUAAAGAAAUAACCAAUCAGUGCCCAGACAUUAGGGAUGUAGAACAGCCCUUGAUGUUCCCUCGGCCUCCCCAUGAUGCAGAGCUGGCUGAAAGAAUUGAGAGUCAUUUCCCUUUGAGAUCCCCAAGCUGUCUUCCUAAGAUUUUAGGGAGUGGACAGGACUUGGGAUCGGUGAACAGUGCAAAAUAGAAAUGGUUCUGGGGUCUUAAGAGGGAAAGAAGUCUGUCCACUGGUGAGUAAUAGAGAAGAGCCUUUUUUGAGAAACUAGUUUGGGUGGGAGAUGGAAUAGCUUCUUUGCUAUGCUGAAAUCCCCAGCAGGGGAACCCCUUCUCCCCUCCCCUCCCAGGGGUGGCCGCCUCUCUCUGCACUCCAUUUCCCCAAAGUGCCUCCCUAGCUUGUUGCCUUGCCAAACAGUGAACCCAGGUCUUAAAUGCCCAAGCCAGAGCCUAUUUCUACAUACUCCAAAGAGAAGACGCUUCUCACUCUUCCCACCUUCAUUCUCUCCCCUCUUCAGUCCAGGUCACCCCAACCAGCUGUUUAACCCAACCUCCCCUGAGGGGGCAAGUGUGCUCCCUCUCUCUCCUCUUUAUCUUCUCAUCUCCCCAGUUUGGAAAUUGGCCAGCCUAUGGCUAAUUCAGCCAGGCCCCUGAUAAAACUGGUCCGUGUGAUGAGGCCUGGGGCCCCUUUUCGGCCUGGGCGGGUCGGGCUGGGAUCGCUGGGCAGGUGCGUGUGCGUCAGCUACCUAGCCCCUGGCAGUGUAGCCGUGCGCAUGGGAGGGGACUCAGUUAGUGAGGCCUGGGGGACUUGGGGGGUGGAGAGGGAAGGAGGCUGGCUGCUCAUUCAUGCUGUGGUAGCUCUGGCACCAGUGGAAAAUUACUGGUGAAGUGUUGAAGCCCCUCAUCCCAGUCAUCAGCGUUCUCCUUCCCCCCUUUCCUUCUAGCCUCCUUUUUGCAUGCUCACUCUGCACAGCAUGCCUGUUGCAUGACCAAGAUCCUCCUGUCUUUGUAGCUGAGCUGAGGUUUUUCCAUUUAGGGAAGGAAGGAGGAUGUACUAAAUUCCCCAUACUGCCCCUUGACACCCCCCCCCAACCCCUUGUACUUGCAUCUGACAAGGCCCAAAAGGACUGAAAGCUUAUGAUUCUUGAGUACUCUCCAGGGGCAAAGAAAACUGUCAGUGGUGGGAUGGAGCAGGAGGCAAUUAGCUGAGCUGUAACUAGACCAGGGUGAAUGGGAUUCUCAGAGUGGUACAAAUUUAGAGGCCCCUCCCAGCACUUAUACUUCUGCAGCAGGGUGGAAACAACUGAUUUUGCGCCCAAGCAGCAAGAACAUUUAAACUGAGGUAGCUACCUGAAUGUGUACUUCCUCCACAGGUACCCCCAAUGAGCUACACUACCCAAAGAAGAGAGACCCUGCUCUGGCUUGAGUUUCAUUCUUACCUUAAGUUGGUCCCUAAGUACAUUUGCAAAGUAUGAUCCAGGCACAAAAAGUGCUGUUUACAGCUCUGAGAAUCGAGCUAGGCGGCCUAGCUGCUGAGACAUAGCCUGGGGAAACUAAGCAUCUCCCCUCAGUAGCAUUAGGGAGUUCAAUGUCCUUUGUUCUGCUUUACAUCCUUCCCGUGGGGAUGUCUCCCAGCCAGAUCUGCCUGAGGCCAGAUUCUGAUCCUGGUUGUUAGACAGGUUCCCUUCAGGCUCUGUGUCUCAUAUUCUCCACCAGGGUGAAAGAGUAGAGUGUCCGGGACCAGUAUGGUAGGUAUCAGGAAAUUUUGGAUCUUGAUUGAUAAAUAAGAUGUGUCCCUUUAGCGGCUGCUAGUAGGGGCAUCAUUUGCUUUCUCUGCCUUCACGUCCCUUAUCCUGAACCCCACAAUCUCUUUUUGGUGGCUUUUUUUCUAUCCCUCUUCAAUCUCCAAGCCAUGUGCCUCCUUCCAUCUCAAGUUUGUUUGGGGGGUCUUUUCCUGCUGCCCAUUAAGCUUCAGCAUCAUAUUUUGAGCCUCCCCCACCCAAAGAGCCCUCAAGUCUCUAACUUUCUUUACUUCCAAACUUUUUGCUACUUCCCAGAAUCGACUUGCUCCAUUAAUCUAUGAAAAAUGGAGCAAAAGAUUUUUCCAGGACCAAGCUCUCGACAUGCAGUUAGAGGUCCCAGUCUAUAUCCUCAGUUGAAAAAAAAGAAAGAAAGAAAAAAAACUGUCAGAAUGUGACUAGGAUAUAGAAACCAGUAGAAAUCAUGGGAAUCAAUCGCUGCGGUUCCUUUCUUUGUGUUUGUUGAGCUAAAACCAUUCUACCACGUGCUUGGUUCCUUUGUGUACUAUGGGAAGGAGUCUGAAAUUUUGAAUAAUCUCAGCAUUUCAGGAGAAGAAACUGAGGCCCAGAAAAGGGUCAAGUUCACAGAAUCAUGGGGAACGGAUGCAGAUAGCCCACCUCCUGGGUUUCAUUUCCUUUAGAGGGAAAGACACAGGAGCUGGUUGGAGACGUAUAAGUCAUGAAAGACAAGCCCCACAAACACCUGGAUGAGUCUUUUGAGGAGGAAGGGUGAGGGAGCAGGAAUGCAGGAUUACAAGAAAUCAAAACUGGGCAGGUGCCACAGGCUAGAGAGGGAGGAGGGCCCCCCCCUUUCUACCUCACAUUUUUGUUGGGGGUGAAAAAUAGAGCUGAGGAUAGGACACUUUAUUAAAAGACCAAGGAGUAUCUGAGAACUUGACCCAGGGCAAGAGUCCAGCCCAAUGUGGGGGAGGGAGUGCUAUGCUCCCGAAAGGGGAGGGGAGAGGGAACUCAGAGUUCAAGGGAGUCUCAGGUGUUAGCCCCACCAAAAUCCUCUGCAUACAUUACUGUCCACUCCUGCUGAAUAAAGGCUAAAAAUAUAGCAGAUCUUGAUUUCUUCAGGAUCAUGCAGGGGCAACCCUAGGAAUCCUGUUCCCUUGAUUAGUUUUCUCCACCAUUCCCCUCCCCAUCUCUUCCUACUGAUAGAGACACUUUAAAAAUUGCUGCCUCACCCUCCCCGAUGCCCACCUGAGAGUCAUCAGCAUCUCAGAUUUCUCACUGUUAAGGGAUGGGUUUUGGCACCUUUACAUACACUUUGCUGCCCCCAUGUGGCAUUUUGGGGUAAUACGGACAGGCACUGGCAGAUCUCGGAAAGUGGAUUAAAGGCCUAGAAUCCGGAAUAAGGGAUGAUCUGCCACAAACCCCUCUAAGCUUGAAUAUGUUUGUUUCUCUGUUGCCUGAAUUCCUCUGAUGUCUACCCCACGGCUGACACUUGUUCCCUUCAUUUGCCUAAACUUCUUCCCAUAGGCUGUUAAUGCCCCUGGGGCAAGAAUAAAAGCAAUUAUGGUCCCAA